AUGGAGACGAAGCGGCGCCACGACCAGCGCAGCGCCGCGGCGGAGCGCCGCGAGGCGCGGGGGCCGCUCCGGGGCCCAGAGGUGCACAGGGUGUUUUUUCAACCCACUUUGGGCGCGCUGGCAGCCUACUCUGAUCCCUCUUUUCCUCCUCUCGUCCUCCUCCUCCUCCUCCUCAUUCUUCCCCUCCUCUUCCUUCCCCUCCGCGUCGUCAUGGGUUGUGUCCAGACUCCAUGGGUGCCCCCCCCAGCGGCCAUUGUCGAAAGAAAUAUUGCGUUGCUCAGUUUGGAUUGCUGCAUGAUAGGACGAACUCGGCGUGGGACUUCUGGUCCGACCGAAUUUGCAUAG